GUCAACCCAUGACUAAUUCUCUUAAAUAUUUAUAGCGUUUUACUUAUCAAUGCUAAAACAGUAGAGCUCGUAGCGUAGUAAAAAAUUGAGUGAAUACUUAAUUAACUAGAAUUUUCGUUGACGUCCUAAUUAUCUGAUCAAGUGAUACAAUUGCAUAAAGCCCAUCUCCAAUAAUUCAUUCGACCCAUAAACAAUUUAAAUUGAAUAAUCAAAUGGGUGACAAAGAAAAAUCAUUUUUUGGCACAACGAAAAAUUUUGAUUACGAAAUAAAUUGCAGGCUUACGUCACAGACGUUUGUGAUUCGAGACGUUCGUUUUUGAAGGAACUCACAGCAGUCGCAUUGGUAUCAGCUCUGCGCCGCUCAUUAUCUUCAAGUCGAAGGUCGAAACAGCGUCAGAAUGCAGCCGGCGUUACGUCUUGAUCAAUUCAAAGUUCAAAAUUGAUUCGUUAAGAGUUGUUCAACCCUUCAGUGUGAGGACCGGGCAUUUUCAAGCGACGACCGUUUAUAUCACUGGAGUUGGCAUCACUUCUUUUGAGAUAUCAACACGAUGGUCAAAGUACACACAUCUUUGGUACACCCUAAGGCAUUUAGAAGUGUUAUUCUGGGUGCACCAGCUUCCGGUAAAGGCACAGUGUCUUCCAGGAUAGUCAAUUAUUUUGGAAUUACUCACAUUUCUAGCGGAGAUAAAUUGAGAGAUCAUGUGGCUCGUCAAACAGAAAUGGGAAAACGGGUGAAGAAAUAUAUGGAUGAAGGCAGUUUUGUGCCGGAUGAUGUUAUGAUUGAAUUUAUUCACCAGGAAUUGACGUCUGUGGGCAAUAAAAAUAUUCUGCUCGAUGGAUUUCCUCGGACAGUGACACAAGCUCAGAAACUUCAGCAACUGCACCCAAUGAACCACGUCCUAAACUUGGUGGUGCCGCACUCAAUUAUAAUAGAAAGAGUGAAAAAUCGAUGGGUUCAUCUGCCGAGUGGACGAGUCUACAACGUUGGGUUCAACGAUCCCAAAGUUUCGGGGAGAGAUGAUGUAACGGGUGAGCCACUGAGCCAAAGAAUCGACGACAAACCAGAGGUGGUAGCAAAGAGGCUGACUGAUUACGUCACAAAAACGGAGAAGGUUAUAGAAUAUUAUCGGCAGCUGGGAAUUCUCAAUGAAUUUAAGGGCAAUACAACCGACGAAAUGUGGCCAAAAAUAAGAGACUUUGUAAAUCAAUGUAUUUAUGAAAAUAAAUAGAAAAAUAAUAAUUCAUGA